AUGCCUCUCUCCGGACACUGCCUUUGCAAAGCCGUCACGUACACCGUGGACGUUGACGCGCCUCUGCUUACUGCCUAUGAUCACUGCGAUGAUUGUCAACGUCAGAGUGGUUCGACCUACUCCCUCGUCGCUGUCGUUCCCAAGGACAAACUGACUAUUAACGGUCCCACUAAGAGCUGGGCUGGAAAGGGCUCCUCCGGCAACGCUGUCCACCGCAUUUUCUGCUCUGAGUGUGGUUCUCCAAUCGCACACGACCCUGAUGCCGCUCCCGAAAUUAUUGCCAUCAAGGCCGGUACCCUGGACACCGAGAUUAAGAAGAACUUGAAGCCCGAUACCGAGAUCUGGACCGUCAGCAAGCUUCCUUUCUGCCAGGAAUCCCUGGCCCACCCUUUCAAGAAUAUGCCGGAGUAA